UGAAAGGAUUGAAACAGAUGGAAAGAUUCAGUAGAAAGAUGGAAAAGAUGAAAAAUCAAAAAUAAUGAUUUAUUAGUUCCAAAGAAGGAGAACAGAGUUACUGCAGGAAACAAACCAACAGAGCAUUUCUAAGUGACCAUGCGCAUUAUAGAAAAGGAAGAAAAUGCCAGGAAAAGAAGAAUGUUGCAUUCAUGUUUCUCUUUUGUUUUUCCCUGUCUCAUCACUCAGCUACGUGGUGAUUGACUCAGACUCUGAGGAUGAAUACUUCCCUGAGGAACAGAGAGCUAAGAUUUCCAAAAUAAGUAGCAAAGAUGAGAUUCUGGAAGUGUUAUCUGAUACUGAUGAGCAGCCUACCACACAGGAACCUCUGAUACUUGUUAUUGAUGAUGAUGAGAGUAAUGAUGUGGAGGGCCCUGUAAUAAUAGAAGACGAUUCAUGUGAUCAGGGCCAAAUUUCCUCAAAUGAAAAAGAGAUGGAUGAGUUGCUUGUCUCCCAACGCAAUUCAUCUGGUGAUGUUGGUGAGCAGAAUGUUGGUGAAAAUUUUGGCCAACCACUGAAUGAUCGUGAGGCUAACCUAGAGAUUUCAGGUAGAAAAUUGUCAUCUGAUGAAGAGCCUGCACCUGUGGUGGAGCAACCACGGAAAAAGAAAAAUAAAACCAAAAAUUUAUCUAUGACACCUGGUAAGCCAAUCAAACCAAGUAUGGUUGUCCCCCCGAAUAUGCUAGCCUGCCAAGUUAUCUUUUCAGCUGUUAGAGGACAAAAAAGGCGUGGGCCUUCAGAGAAGAAACCCAGUGCAGCAAAAUUUGAAAAAUGUGGAACUGGGAAUGCUAUGUGCAAAAUACCUGGAUGUUUCUUGCGUGACCUGGAAAACUCAAAGCAGUAUUCCGGAAGGAAGUUCAAGCAAAAUAAGGAUGAAUUGGUGCAGAGAAUCUACACCCUGUUGAACAGUUCUGUUUUUCAUAAAAAGCUGCCGGAGAAAAUAGAUAUCAGCUGGAAUAAAAAGAUGCUGAGAACUGCUGGCUUAUGCACCACUGGCGAGACACAGCACCCGAAGAGGGAGCGUUAUGCUAAGAUUGAGAUUUCUCUGAAAGUCUGUGACUCUGCAGACCGACUCCGGGAUACUUUGGUCCAUGAAAUAUGCCACGCAGCCUCCUGGCUGCUCGAUGGUAUCCGUGAUUCUCAUGGGGAUGCAUGGAAGUAUUAUGCCAAAAAAUCUAACAUGGUGCACCCGGAGCUGCCCAGGGUCACCCGUUGCCAUAACUACAAGAUUAACUACAGGAUUUAUUAUGAAUGUUCUCAGUGCAAAUCCAGGGUCGGCCGCUACACCAGAUCGUUGAACACCGAACGCUUUAUCUGUGCCAUUUGCAAGGGACCUCUGGUCAUGCUGCCAUUAACUCGGAAAGAUGGAACUCCCAUCGAGCCUCAUGUGAGACCUUUUGCUAAGUAUGUGCAGCAGUAUUACACAUUAGUUCAGGGGGAGACAGCAGGGAUAAGCCAUGGGGAUGUGAUGAAAAAGCUUGGCAAGGAUUAUGUUGCCAAGAAACAAAGGCAAGAUCGUUGAGGUUAUCUGAGAGUGCGUUUGUGUGAGCAGAGUCCUCUGCUGGUAAAGAAGUUUUAGAAAAAUAUCUUUGUUUCUAUGAAUAUUAGAAUUUAAAUCAUUUUUAAAGCUUCAUGUUGUUAAUGACGAUUGUUCUUAACCAAGGGUUCUAUUGCUAACCGUUCUGUGCCCCUGACAGUACUCAGAAGCCCUGUGGAUCCACCUUGGGUUUAACUUAGACUCCAUAUUUUAAGGUGUAGAACAAAAUGCAAAAGAGAAAUGAGUUUUCGAGAGUGGUGCAUUGAGAGAAUGAGGGUAAUACUGGAAAGAGAACAAAUUUUAAAGGCAGCACUUCAAAACCAGGGCUGCUGGCAGAUGUAACCUGUUUCCUCUACCUAGGAGUAAAAGACAAACACCUUUUAUGAAGUAGUUGCUCUUGACAUUGAAGCCAUCUGAGCCAGUGUAAUUGCUCAUGAAAUAAAACAAAUAAAAUAAAUGU